AUGAGCCCUUACGACUGCAAGCUCCUUGCAACCAUGGACGCUCCACCGCCGGCAUUGGAGGAGAAGAGUACGUUCACCGUGCUGGUGACCGGGGCGAACAGCGGUCUUGGCUUCUCCAUCUGCUGCCGCCUGAUUGACGAUUUCUUGUUCACACGACCACAAUCGCAGACAUUGCACCUUCUGUUCUCCACGCGAGAUGCGAACAAGGCCAGCGACACUCUGGAGCGACUGAGCGCGCACCUCCGGAAGACACUUAGAGAUGCCAACGGCAAGACUCUCGGCAUCAGUCGGCUGCUGGAGGCGCGAGUCAAGCUUCUGGGCGUGUCGUUGGAUCUGCUCAAGCUCACCACUGUCAAAGCGCUCGCCGAGGAACUGCUGGCAAGCGGCCAAAGGAUCGAUGCUGUCGUCUGGAAUGCUGGCAUCGCAGGAUGGGCUGGACAGAACUGGCCUAAAUCGGUAUGGAUGACGAUGACAGAUCUGAUUCAUGCCACCACUUUCCCUACCUACAUGAUCACUGAUGUCGGACUCGCAACCCGGCCGCAGCUGCCUGCAAAGGACACCAAUGGCGACAAUGAUCGUGCCCCGGAACCAAAGCUUGGCCAAGUCUUCACUGCGAACGUCUUCGGACACUACAUGCUCACUCACUGGCUACGUCCUCUGAUGCACGCUGACACCCGCAUCGUCUGGGUCUCCAGCAUCAGCGCCCUAUCCCACACCUUCUCCCUCGAUGACAUCCAAGGACUAAGCUCGGAAGCAACUUACGAAGGCUCGAAAAGACUGACAGACCUGCUCGUCCUCACUUCGGAACUACCUUCGACCAAACCGUACAUGGAGAACUUCUUGCCUCCAUCCCAAGACUCAGCCCACUCACGACCAAAGAUGUACGUCACCCAUCCCGGUGUCAUCGGUACGUCGAUAGCAGGUCUCCACUGGUUCGUCGGACUCUUCAUGUUUGCUGCCUUCUACAUGGCGCGCUGGCUCGGAUCACCGUGGCAUCUAGCGGAUCCAUACAAAGGUGCCGUGAGCGCUGCCUUUGCAAUCCUGGCCUCACGACCGCAACUUCCUGAGCAAGAAGAGCGAGAUGGUAAGGGAAAGUGGGGCUCUGCUGUGACAGUGUAUGGAGAUGAAAGAGUCGCAAGGACGGAAGUGGAGGGCUGGGGUUUCUGUGGGAAGCCUGGUGUUGUGCCGCAGGGUAGUGUUACAGGCAAGACGGGGCGGUACAGAGGGUUCAGAGAGACGACCAAGGAGGCGAGAGAGGAGUUUGAAGAGACUGGACGACAGGCUUGGAAGGAGCUGGAGGAAAUGCGGACUGAGUGGGAAGCCAGGCUUGGACCUCUUAGUCACAAGGCCCCGGCGAGUCAGUGA